AUGAGGAUUUCCCUAAACUUUUUGGUUCGCGCCGAGAUAGAAGAGACCACCAAAGGGUUUGAAAAGGUGAGGAGCGGUGGUCCUCCAUCGGAGCAGCUGCGCCACGUCCAGAUGUGGACUGUGAACGAAGCCACGUGCAGGUAUCGCUAUGCCGCUAUUGAUAGCAUCAUCACCGAUAGCAUGCUGUGCGCCGGCUGGCUCGACGUCGGCGGUCGCGACCAGUGCUUUGGUGAUUCCGGUGGUCCUCUCUACCACAAUGGUGUCGUCGUUGGGGUGUGCUCCUGGGGAGAGCAAUGCGCUUUGCCUCGCUUCCCUGGUGUCAACGUUCGUGUCUCACGCUUCGCUAACUGGAUCAGGAGCAAUGCCUAA